AUGCACCGGAGAAGAAGCAUUGCUGAUGGAUUAGUUCAACGUCGGAACUAUCAAUCAAAGAAAAGUGGAAAGAAGGUCACUAAUAUCUAUCUAUCUAUCUAUCUAUCUAUCUAUCUAUCUAUCUAUCUAUCUGUGGUCUAUCUUCUUUUAUCUUUCUUCUAUCUAUCUAUCUUUCUGUGGUCUUUUCUUUUCUAUCUAUCUAUCUUUCUGUGGUCUAUCUAUCUAUCUAUCUAUCUGUCUAUCUAUCUAUCUAUCUAUCUGUCUGCUUCUUUUCUCUAUGGUCUGCUAUCUAUCUAUCUAUCUAUCUAUCUAUGGUCUGCUUCUUUUCUUUCUUCUAUCUAUCUAUCUAUCUAUCUAUCUAUCUAUGGUCUGCUUCUUUUCUUUCUUCUAUCUAUCUAUCUAUCUAUCUAUCUAUCUAUCUAUCUAUCUAUCUAUCUAUCUAUCUAUGGUCAGCUUCUUUUCUUUCUUCUAUCUAUCUAUCUAUCUAUCUAUGGUAUCAUCAGCUUCUUUCUUUCUAUCUAUCUAUCUAUCUAUCUAUCUAUCUAUCUAUGGUCAGCUUCUUUUCUUUCUUCUAUCUAUCUAUCUAUCUAUCUAUCUAUCUAUCUAUGGUCAGCUUCUUUUCUAUCUAUCUAUCUAUCUAUCUAUCUAUCUAUCUAUCUGUGGUCUGCUUCUUUUCUAUCUAUCUAUCUAUCUAUCUAUCUAUCUAUCUAUCUAUCUAUCUAUGGUCUGCUUCUUUUCUUUCUUCUAUCUAUCUAUCUAUCUAUCUAUCUAUCUAUCUAUGGUCAUUCUUUCUAUCUAUCUAUCUAUCUAUCUAUUUAUCUAUCUAUGGUCUGCUUCUUUUUGUUCUAUCUAUCUAUCUAUCUAUCUAUCUAUCUAUCUAUCUAUCUAUGUCAUUUCUCUUCUUUUCAUGUUUUUAUCGUCCUAUCUAUUUAUCUAUCUGUGGUCUGUUCUUUUCUAUCUAUCUAUCUAUCUAUCUAUCUAUCUCAUUUGUCUAUCUAUCUAUGGUCUGUUUCUUUUCUAUCUAUCUAUCUAUCUAUCUAUGUAUCUAUCUAUCUAUCUAUCUAUCUAUCUAUCUAUGGUCAGCUUCUUUUUCUUUUCUUCUAUCUAUCUAUCUAUCUAUCUAUCUAUCUAUAUAUAUAUUUUCUUUAUAUAUCUAUCUAUCUAUCUAUCUAUGGUCAGCUUCUUUUUCUAUCUAUCUAUCUAUCUAUCUAUCUAUCUAUCUAUCUAUCUAUGUCAUUUGUCUAUCUAUGCAUGUCUAUCUCAGUUUGUGAAUUAUCUAUCAGUUCAGGUAUGUAUAUAUGUAUCUAUCUAUCUAUCUAUGUACGUGUAUGCAUGUAUCUCUCUGUCUCCCCCUCUCUCUCUGUCUCUCUAUUCUGUCCAUCUAAUUGUGUCUAUCUAUCUAUCUAUCUAUCUAUCUAUCUAUCUAUCUAUCUAUCUAUCUAUGGUCUGUUCUUUUCUAUCUAUCUAUCUAUCUAUCUAUCUAUCUAUCUAUCUAUCGUCAGCUUCUUUUCUAUCUAUCUAUCUAUCUAUAUAUCUAUCUAUCUAUCUAUCUAUGGUCAUAUAUACAUUUCUAUAUAUAUCUGUCUAUCUAUCUAUCUAUCUAUCCAUGCAUCUAUCUAUCUAUCUAUCUAUCAUGGUCAUCUUCUUUGUAUCUAUCUGUCUAUCUAUCUAUCUAUCUAUCUAUCUAUCUAUGGUCAGCUUCUUUUCUUUCUUCUAUCUAUCUAUCUAUCUAUCUAUGGUCUAUCUUCUUUUAUCUAUGGUCUAUCUAUCUAUCUAUCUAUCUAUCUAUCUAUCUAUCUAUCUAUCUAUCUAUCUAUGGUCUAUCUAUCUUGUCAUUUAUCUAUCUAUCUAUCUAUUUAUCCUAUCUCAUUUGUCUGCCUUUGUAUCUAUCUAUCUAUCUAUCUAUCUUUUAUCUAUCUAUGUCAUUUGGUCUAUCUAUUCUGUCCAUCUAAUUGUGUCUAUCUAUCUAUCUAUUUAUCUAUCUAUCUAUCUAUCUAUCUAUCUAUCUAUCUAUCUAUCUAUCUGCGCGUAUGUAUGUAUCUCUCUCUCUCUCUAUUCUAUCCAUCUAUUUGUCUUUCUCUAUCUAUCUAUCUAUCUAUCUAUCUAUCUAUCUAUCUAUCUAAUAUCUACCUGGCAAAAUUUAAUAUAUUGUCUGUUUUAAUCUAUCUAUCUCUAUCUAUCUAUCUAUCUAUCUAUCUAUCUAUCUAG